CAGGUCUUAACUCCUGGAUUAGAUGUGGAGUAUCAAAGGUAGACUUUCAACAAGGUUAAUGAAUAUUUGCGUAGCAUCUCUUUGUAAAGCAAAACAAUUGGAGAAAGCUGAAGUUGUAAUAGUUGAUGGCAUAAGAAUUGGAGUACAACCAGAUGUGGUCACUUAUAAUACACUGAUUACCGCAUAUUGCCGCUUUGUUGGCAUUGAUGCAGGUUAUUCCAUCCUUUAUAGGAUGAAAGAAGCUGGAAUUUAUCCUGAUACUGUUACAUAUAACUCUUUAAUAGCUGGAGCUACCAGAUAUUGCAUGCUAUCUCGAUGUUUCGAUCUGUUUGAAGAAAUGCUUGAGAUGAGUAUUCUUCCUGAUAUUUGGAGUUACAAUACAUUAAUGCAUUGCUUCUUUAAAUUGAGAAAGCCAGAUGAAGCAUACAGGGUUUUUCAGGAUAUUCUUUUGAAAGAUAUUUCUGUUCAUCCAGCAACAUUCAAUAUAUUAAUUAAUGGUCUUUGUAUGAAUGGAUAUACAGAGAAUGCCUUAAUGUUAUUUAGGAGUAUAAAACGUCAUGGAUUUAUUCCCCAAUUAGCAACUUACAACAUUCUUAUUCAUGGGUUGUGCAAGUCAGGACGGGGUAAAACUGCAAGAGAAUUUCUCAACGAGCUGGUAGAAUCAGGUCAUAUCCCCAAUGCCAUCACUUAUACGACAGUAAUGAAAUGCUGCUUCAGAUGUAGACAAUUUGAAGAAGGCGUUAAGAUCUUUGCAGAGAUGAGAAGGAAAGGAUAUACAUAUGAUGCCUUCGCCUACUGUACAGUUGCAAGUAUGUUACUUAAAACUGGGAAGAUGAAUGAGGCCAACGAGUACCUGGGCUAUAUAAUUACAAAUGGUUUUGACCUUGAUAUAGUGUCUUUUAAUACCAUUGUUAAUCUAUAUUGUAAGGAAGGUCAGCUGGAUAAUGCUUAUAAAUUGUUACACGAGGCCGAAAAAAAAGGGUUGGAGUCUGACAAGUACACCCACACUAUCUUUAUUGAUGGCUUGUGCAGGACUGGUAAUUUCAAAGAGGCCCAACAACAUUUGGACUAUAUGAGCAUGAUGGGUUUUGAUUCUAACUUGGUUGCUUUGAAUUCUUUUAUUAAUGGGUUGUGUAAAGCUGGUCACCUUGAUCAUGCUUUACGGAUGUUCGAAUCAAUGGAUGCCAAAGAUUCUAUUACUUACUCCACUAUGGUGCAUAGUCUUUGCAAUGCCAGGAGAUUCCGUGCAGCAUCUAAGCUAUUACUAUCGUGUAUAAGAGGUGGCAUGAGAAUUCUUAAAUCAGAUAAACGUGGUGUUAUUGAUGGUCUUCGUGGUUCUGGAUAUUCGCAAGAAGCAAGGAAGGUCCAGUCUAAAAUUCGAUUGGCUAAGAUACUGCAUGAUUAAUUAGGGAUGAUGUUCAACUUUGCCACUCAAGUGUUAACCUUGUUUAAUUGCCUAAGGUUUUGCAUUAUAAGUCUUUAUGGAAGCUUUAAAAACUCAGGGAUCAUGCAACUGAGAAUACAACCUACAUUACCCAAUUUUAAGUUAAGUACUUAGUCCUCUUGUAAGAGGCAAACACAUGACACUGCUGUGAAGAGGUC